AUGCUUGAAGAGAGACCGCUUCCCGAAAUACGUAUACCAAUGCCUUCUGAACCAAGGUUGAAUCCCUCUCCGCAAAGAGGUCCACAACAAGAUGCAUCAUCUUCACCACGGCCCGGAGUUUCUCAAGAUUCUAACUUGCAGGAUCAGUUAGCUAAUUUACAACCAGGUUCUUCUACUACUACAACAAGUACAAUCAUAACGAUAAAAAUGACUACUAUCACUCACACAGAUGCCAAUAAUAAUUCAACUACUACUACAACUGUCACCACUGAUAUUUCUCCGGUGACAAGUAAUACAGUUUCAUCGGAUCCCGCUACAGUAACCGUGGAAACCAGGGAAAUGCCUCCACAAAUAACUCCGGUUAAUCCAUCUGAAUCUAAUAAUUCAGUUUCACAAAUUCAUCAGGCGUCAAAUUCGACGCAAUUCACGGAACCAACAAAUUCUAGUCAAUUACAACAACAUUUGGCUGCUACUUCUUAUGCUCCUCAAAUAGCAUCAAUUAUUAAUAAUGUCGCAUCAAAUUUAGCUGUAAAUGCUGGCAUCAACUCGAGCGCUUUAGGUUCUCAAUAUAAUAAUGUAUCAACAACAGAUUCUUCACCUUAUAUCGUGAAUCCUUCAAUGAUUGCAUCUAAUAAUACUAUUAAUUCUGUUCAUUCUCCAAUUACAUCAAAUCAUACACCAAGUUUCCACAAUAGUUCUGCUAUAAAUUCAUUCAAUUCUUCACCAUUGCCACCGACUCAUAUUGGUGCGUCUCAUAACGGUAAUUCUAGUAUUCAAUCAGGAGUUUCGCCUCACCAUUCUAGUCAAUCUGGAAUUUCACCACAUCAUGAAAGUCAAUCUUUAAUUUCUCCUCAUCACGACAAUCAGUCUUUAAUCUCUCAUAAUAAUUGUCAAUCUGGAAUUUCGACUCAUUAUACUAGUCAAUCUGGAAUUUCACCUCACCACAAUAGUCAACCUGGAAUUUCAUCACACCAUAAUAAUCAAUCCGGAAUAUCUACUCAUCUUGCUAAUCAAUCAGUUAUUUCUCCUCUUCAAGAUAGUCAACCGGAAACAUCUGCUCAUCAUACUUGUCAAACUGAAAUGUCUUCUAGUCAUGCAGAGCAAAAUAUGAACAAUAAUAAUAAUCCUAUGAUUAGACAACAUCAUGGUGUUAAUUCAAUUAAUAUGUUAUUAGAUACUACUCUAACAAGUGCUAUUGUAAGGUCUCCAAGUACUGCGACCAUAAAUUCUAAUGGAUCUAUUCCUAGUCCAAUAGAUUCUGCUAAUGGUCCUCCAAUUAAUUCACCAAUUUCUUUUGGUGAAUCGACACUUGCCUUGGAUAACAGUUUAGUUAAUCAAAUGAAUAAUCCGUUGAAUAUAUCACAAAGUUUAAUACAAAGAACUAAAUAUCAUAAUCUUCCGGAUUUAGAUACUCUCGAUACUGUUUAUGAUGUUUGGAAUGAAUGGAAUGUUGGUCUAGAUGGAAACCCUUCAAUAAUUACAUUAUUAGAAGUUUAUGGAAAUAAGUGGGCAGGUGAAAAUAAAGAUACAUUAAUCGCUCGUAAAAAAAUCAUAAAAGAGAUACAAACAAGGACAAAUGAUAUAGGAGUUGAUAAAGCAAUAAGUGAAAUGGAAAGAUUAAGAAACGGUAAUGGUUUAACUUGGCUAUCAAAAAAAUUUGGAGGAAAGAAGAAAGCAACACCUGCGCAUCGUGGAUAA